AUGGGCGUGCUCCGGGCCGGACUGUGCCCGGGCCUCGCGGAGGACAUGGUCCAGCUGCUGAGGGGCCGAGGGAUCAAGACAGUGGUGGACUUGGCCGCUGCAAACCUGGAAGAGGUAGCCCAGCAGUGUGGCUUGUCGUAUAAGGCCCUGGUUGCCCUGAGGCGGGUGCUGCUGACUCAGUUCUCUGCAUUUCCUUUGAAUGGUGCGGACCUCUAUGAGGAGCUGAAGACCUCCACUGCCAUCCUGUCCACUGGCAUUGGAAGCCUGGACAAACUGCUUGAUGCUGGUCUCUAUACUGGAGAAAUGACUGAAAUUGUUGGGGGCCCAGGUAGUGGCAAAACCCAGGUGUGUGUCUGUGUGGCUGCGAACGUGGCCCAUGGCCUACAGCAGAACGUUCUUUAUGUUGAUUCCAAUGGAGGCUUCCCAGCUUCUUGCCUCCUCCAGCUACUGCAAGCCAGAACCCAGGAUGAGGAAGAACAGGCAGGAGCUCUCCAGAGGAUACAGGUGGCGCGUGCAUUUGACAUCUUCCAGAUGCUGGAUGUGCUGCAGGACCUCCGGGGUGCUGUGGCCCAGCAGGUGACAGGCUCCUCGGGGACUGUGAAGGUGGUGAUGGUGGACUCGGUUACAGCAGUGGUUGCCCCGCUUCUGGGAGGUCAGCAGAGGGAAGGCCUGGCCUUGAUAAUGCAGCUGGCCCGAGAGCUGAAGACCCUGGCCUGGGACCUCGGCGUGGCAGUGGUGGUGACCAACCACUUGACCCGAGACAGGGACAAUGGAAAGUUCAAACCUGCCCUGGGACGUUCCUGGAGCUUCGUGCCUAGCACCCGGAUUCACCUGGAUAUCAUUGAGGGGAUCGGAGCAGGCAGCGGCCGGUGUACAGUGUGUCUAACCAAGUCUCCCCGCCAGCCAAUGGGGCUCCAGGAGGUGAUAGACAUGGGGACCUUGGGCACUGCAGAGCAGAGCCCCAUGCGGCAGGGAGAGCAGACGUGACUGGUACUGUUGACUGGACAAGUUUCUUUGGCUUUACUCUCAUUGGAGAUACUAACGCCACCAGCCAGAGAGGAUGCCAC